GAAGGCAGUUGGCAGCAGUUACAGCAGCUCUGAAACCAGUAACUGUCAGGCGCCCCCCCACCCACCCAUCUGUACAGGCCAAGCCUGAGCCAACUCUGAGUCUGCAUCAGCCCCCAGACGCACAAAUGCAGCCCACCUAAGGAAAUCUACCAAGAAUGAAUCAUCCACCAAAAUGCACCUGCCUCUUGUUUCUCUGUUCUCACACGCAUCAAAGUGUAGCGUUUGCUUUCUGACAGUGUCACAUUGUAACUUGUGAAAGUUUGCAUCGUGGCUUUGGUGUAAAUAUUUCUUUUUGAUUGAUUUUUUUUGAUGUCCUGUCAAUAAAACAAAAAAAGUGCGUGUUGACGUGUUGACUUUGUCCACAAGGAAAUGGCAACUAAGAGUGUAAUAGCAGAAGUGUCAAAAGAAAAUUCUUGUAAACCACACCCCUACGCUCACAGGAAGCCCUCUGUGUGUGUGUCUGUGUGUGUGUGUGCGCGCGCUAAAAUCCCCAGAACAGCAGACACACAGACGGGCGACACACAUGCAACGAGUGAUAGAUAAGAAAUCAAAACAGGAAAGAGUACGAGUGAAGACAAAAGUUAAUGGAUAUGAAAGAUAGAUAGAGAGGUAGAAUGAAAGAGAGAGGCAGAGAGAGAGAAAGAGGCGGGACGCUGAAAUUAAAGAGUGUUAGAGGAGGAGAAAGGAGGAUGGAGUUUUUUAUCUGACGCCUCGGUCUUAUCAGCUUUUCGUUUCUCCAGCAUCUUUAAAGACAGAGGGAACACACACGUGGAGGGACCCCGAUGCUCACCGGCAGCGUUUUUGGUUCUGUAACACGAGGUCAGAUCUUCAGAAAGCUGCUUACAUGCCAGCAGCCCACAGACGGAGGUGAAUCACAGCAGAUGAGAUUAUGUGUUUCCACUGGCAAGACCUGAUGAAAACUACUGAGUCCUAAGACCACCAGACUCUUUGGGGAUCACAGAGAAGCCUGGAGGACACAUCAGUGCUGGACAAAAACUUAAAACAAAAGACAUUCUUUCUCUGUCUGACAUGCCGCAGAGAGUACCAGCUGCACGGGCUGCAGCAUGAUGUAACCAGCGGCAUGGAUGCUCAAACCAACCCGUCACCGGACUACAAGCAGCUCUGCUGAUACAAGCUUCCUGCUGGUUUGCAAGGCAGCUCAUCUUAACACUGACAUGAAUGUCAGUUCUCCUAAUAUGAACUGCUCCAAUACCAGUGAGAUAAUAGACUACCAGCACCAUUUGUAUGCCGUGGUGUACAGUGUGAUCUUAGCACCGGGCCUGCUGGGUAACGUGCUGGCGCUGUGGGUGUUCAGGGCCUACAUCAGAGAGACCAAGAAGGCCGUGGUGUUCAUGAUGAACCUGGCUGUGGCCGACCUACUGCAGGUGCUCUCUCUGCCUCUGCGGAUCUACUACUACCUGAAUAACUCCUGGCCCUUUGGGUAUUUCUUCUGCAUGUUCUGCUUCUAUCUCAAGUACGUCAACAUGUAUGCCUCCAUCUACUUCCUGGUUUUCGUCAGCAUACGUCGCUGUGAGCUCAUCAUGCGUCCGCUGUUGUACAACUCGGGUCGACAAAAAGGAGACGUGUUAAUAUGUGGGAUCAUCUGGCUGAUCAUCUGUACCGUCUGCCUUGGAUUCCCUCUGCUCAGACACGAUCCUUCCUUGCCCGAAAGGAACGACACAAAUAAGUGUUUCACGGAGCUGCCUCUGCGGAAGGAUAUCGGUUCUUCGGCAAUGUGGGCCCUCUUGAUUUUACUAGAGCUGUUCGGCUUCUUCGUCCCUCUCGUUUUGGUGCUAGGCUGCACGUGCAUGACUAUUUGGAGCCUUCGGGAAAAUACAGCAAAUGCUAUUUCUGACAGAGGGGAGAAAAAGAGAGCGCUGAGGAUGAUACUAAGCUGUGCUGUAGUCUUCUUAGUGUGCUUUGUACCUUACCACGCCACGAUGCCUCUCGACCUUAUGGUCAAAGCUAAGAAAGUUACCAGCUGUGACUUUCAGAAACUGGUUCUUCGAAGUCACCCAGUCACACUCUGCCUGGCCAGCCUGAACUGCAGCCUGGACCCUAUCAUGUACUAUUUCACUACUGAUGAAUUCUGGAGGCGACUGAGCAAGCCAGAGAUACCGGAGAGCAUACAUCUCAGCCGGCGUCUGUCCUGUAUAACCGGAGAACAGGACGAAGAGGAGGACUAAACUUCUGGUGGCGACAGCCUCCCCGCAACCACUAACUGAGACUGAAGACUAUGCAAACUUCAACUUCCUGCAAACUAUGGAAAUAACAUUUAUGCUGAAACGGGAAUGUGAAAAUAUGGAAGUAGAGUUUUAAAAUGUUAUUUUUUUAAACCUAUUUAUUUCUCAAUAAAUGUUUUUUUCCCCCUU